GGGGACUUUCUUCGGUCUAACUCAGUCUGAUAUCUUACAUCUCACCUUUGCCUCAUUUAGGUAUCAUCAACGUACCCAGGCAGGCGGAAUGACAACCGAAAACGAUAGUUUGGCCAAACAAGCUUCCAAUCAUAAAAGGUCAUACAUUGCAUCGCAAAACCGUGUAUCGAAGCACCCUUCUUCGACUGCACGUAGAAGCAAACCCGCUCACCCUCACCAACAAAGCACUCGUAUCAGAAGAGUUGAACACCCAUAUCCCACCAAAUCCACCGUUGGAUAUAACGCUCACUAGUCAGCACCCCGGGGCUGGGAAGCAGCAGUCAGAGCAUCAGGGACCACCCGCAGGCCAUGUCGAGAUGCCUCCGAUCAUGACAGGUAGUGGGUCUGAUACCAACCAUGCCCAGAGCUGGGAGCACUGGGACAAAAUUGUUGCGUUUGCUCCAGGAGAGGGCGACUCCGCGGUAGCCACGUUAAUUUACAACAUGCUGCCGAAGUGCAAGCAAUGGCUUAUCAAACGGAAAAAGUCACCUGAAACCAAUCCAUACGACGACGCGCAACUUGAACCAUAUUAUACUGACCUCAAGUCAUUCGUUGCGUAUCUCGAUACGAUUCAAAUUACGCCAGCCAUCAAGAACAACAAAGAGCUGAAACUGUGCCAUGGCUUGAUCACAAAGGCGGAAAACAGGGGCAUCAUACCCGGGUUCAUUGUAGACCGCUUUAAUUCUAUUUGGGAGCGCUGGACUGAACAAAUCCAGGACUUUAUCGACGACGGUGGAAACGAGGACGACACAACUCACGACGACGUAGCCAAUACAAGCCAAGCUUCGGGAGAACUGCCUCAAAUUUCGUACCCGCCCCGGGACCACCCCAUCUACGGAGUUGGAGGUAUUAUGCUCGGUGUGCUGGCUGGAAAGCCAUCUUCGGGCGCCAGGUUCCGAUACACACUUGACCCUCGCCUUUCGAAGAAAAACGCCCACAUAAUCGGACAUAAUGGCCUUGUCCCAGGCGAUUGGUUUCCGAAACAACUGGUUGCUCUUUUCAAAGGCGCACAUGGAUCGAGCCAGGGAGGUAUCGCGGGUUCCAGGGGCCAGGGAGCUGUAUCUAUCAUUGUCGGCUCAGCGGUGUACGAAAACGUUGACAAGGACUGUGGGAAUGUUAUCUACUAUUCGGGUGCACAAAAGUCAGGGGCGCGGUUGCCCGGUGACAGAUCGGAUUCGGCUUCGACAAAGUUGCUUCUCGAAUCUUUCAGCCGAGGCAACCUUAUUAGGGUUAUCCGCAAAAAGAAUCAUAUAUCGCAACAUGCACCAGCCGAGGGUCUUCGGUAUGACGGUCUGUACCGCAUCACCACAUGGGUUGAGAGGUCCGAAAUCACUACGGGCCGCCAUCGGGUUUUGCUAUUUACGCUUGUACGAGACCCAGGCCAAAUUAGCCUCGAUGAUGCCAAAGCAAGGGCGCCAUCGGCUACUGAACAGCGACGAAUUAUGGAAGCAGUGGAGAGGGGAUAUUGA